AAAGCAGUGAUAAAGUUCGCCAUUUUGAAAAUUGUAGGUUAGUUGUUAGGUUAUGUUCUAAAAAUUUUACUCAAGCAAACAUGGCAUUGUUAUUUGAAUCAAAGGUUUCUAAAUUUAAAGGUAUACUGAGUGUUUUUCAAUGCAGCAGUGUAAAACUCCUAUCGAACGAUGCAGCGGUUGCAAAUGUUGCUACAGAACCUGCGGAAGAUGAACACGAACUGGCGAGACGAGAGCGUGAAGAAAUGAUCGAAAGGAAGCGCAACGUAUCGCGUUUGACAGCACCACAUAGAAAUAUUGUUAACGAUCAACUACCGUAUCCUGAACCUCAGGCUAAAUUUCAUUUAUCCGUGAAAUACCGUCGGAGAAUGUACGGGAGGUAUGGCAGUGCUAGUGGGGUAGAACCGGGGGUCAUGUGGCCUACAGUGAAGGACAUUGAGGAAAGAAGUGAGUAUGAAAGCUUGAAGUAUCCACAUACCAUUCAAGAAAUGGUAAAGAGCCAAGUAAACGCUAUUCUAGAAGCGGAAGAUACAAUCGCUAAAAGACAGCAAAAGAUAGCUGCCAACAUGAAAAAGUUAGAACAGUGGAAAAAGGAAUUGAACGCAAAACGAGAGCAUAAACUGAAGGCAGCGAUGGCUGAACGACAAAACAAGGAACGAUUGAUAGAAGAGGUAAGAAGACACUUCGGAUACACUGUUGAUCCCAGAGAAGAGCGGUUCCAGGAGAUGCUGGAAAAGAAGGAAAAAGAAGAGAGGAGAACAGCCAGAGAGCAACGUAAACAGCUCCGAGAAGAAAAGUAUCUUGAAGAACUCAUGGCAAAAAGUGAUAAAAAAGAUGCUAAAAAAUAAUUAUUUAGCAUUUUUGAACAGACUUUAAUUUUUGUUAAAAAUGUGUUUUCAGUAGAUCUAUUUAGAUAGAAAUCCUUUAAUACUGGCAAAGAAGAGUGAGUCAUUGUUAAAGACCUUAUUUAGUGUGUUAAAUACCGUACUAGAAACAUCUCAAUGCUGAUAUUGGACAGUUGUAGGUAGGAAACUACCAUUUCAAUAAAGCAUAUUUUGUUGUCAGUAAAGUUCAGAUUAGUAUCAAUUCUUCAACUAUUAUAACUAUGCAUAUAAUUUUUACUUGUAUUUUUCUAUUGUUCUCCAAGGGUUUUAUUUUGGUACUGUAAUGGUACCAAACCCUGUAAGGGUUUACACAUUUACCAUUGUCGAUCAAUAAUCAGACUCAAUAAUCAAUUCUCACCACAUCAACAGCUGGAUUAUCAGCCAUUGGUUGUUUUCACACUUACCGGGACGACAGGACAGAAAGCUCUCCGAUUGGCUGAUUCUCAAUAAUUCCACAUAAUCAGCCAAUUGGAGAACUUCCUUUCAAGUUCUGCCGAGCUAUCCUGGAAUCUGUAAGUGUGAGGACCUACUACCUACUUCUAAUGUUGCUUCCACAUUUUGGCUCAAUGACGACAAGCGGCAGUGUGUGGAAGAGUGGUCUGCCAGCGCUGGCCUACGUUGGGUUACCAGGGUGAGCCAAAAUGUGGACUUGUCAUAAGUUAGUGUCGGCCGACAAUCGAAAAAACGGCCAAUCUUGGGAUGGUACUAAACACGUUACUUGAAAAUCUGCAAAUACAAUCAUUCAUUUAAAUCUGAGUUUUCGUUUCUGCGUAAAUGCCAUCGUCGACCACGACAGGGUGAGGAUCUUGUCUAAAUAACCUAGAAGAAUAUGUUCAAUUCAAAUAUUCUUUAUUCCUUCAAGUAUUUACAGUGAAAAACUCAAUAAUUACGAAAUUCCUCGACAAAGACUAAACGUGUGCGUGUGGAGGAGAGUUCCAUAGACAGCACAAGCAGUCACUACAUAAAAUAAUUAGGCUACAAUAGAAAAGAUAAGCUUCAGAAUAUAAUAAUGGAUUAAAUACAAAUUCAAAUAAUAGUAAAAUAAGAAAUAAUACUUAAUUAAGAAAUAA